AGUAGAGAAAAGAAUUGCUGUUUAUUGGACUGUUGUCUCAGACAGUCUGACAGCACAUAUGUUGAGACAGGUAGAUAAGGGUUGGAUUUCAGUAUGAAAUCUCAAAUGGUUGUUCCUCAUCUCAAGCUACCUCGAUAAGCCUCUCUUUAGUUUCUUUUGUUUGAUUUUACACUUGCUUAACUUUUCUUUUAGCUGCACAAUGCACAUUUCUUUCCUCUUUUGUUUGUCUUGCUCAAACUAUCUUUUAACUUUAUGCCUUUUUUGAAAAUGUUGUUCAUUUUCUAUUUCUCUCCUUCUUUCUUUCAACGCUUUGAAAACGUUUCUAUCGCUCCCUUGUGUCAAACUUGCUCUCCCUUGUGAAUUAUCACUUCAUACAGUCUUACAAACUUCUCAGCAACAUUAAACAUUUUUACUGGAAAAAUGGCAAACUGCUUGUUCCUGGGUUGGUGACCAACAUGUGAGGAGAUUUGAACGAUGUGCCAAGAAUUGGAACAAGCAACAGUGAUUGUGCUAUAAGUGCCAGUCUCUGGUACCUGAGAUUGGAAUGUGUUCAAUCAUAUAAUCUGUAACUUGAGCUGCUGAUGAUAUAGGAAUUCACCAAAUGAUUCGAAUAUCAGAACUGCUCACCUCUGUUGAAUGUGACCUUCUUCACAAAAAGCUUACUCACCCUGAGAAAGACAUAAUGAAGGAUAUUGACCAAAUGUCGGAGGAAAAUGACAAUUUAUUCAAGACCCGGAAACGCAGAGAAAUCACCAAUACUGAAGACUGUACUGAAAUUCUGAUUGACUGGUUGAGGAAUGAAGGUGACAGCAUGUAUUGGGAUCGAUUAUCUCGAGCACUGAGACAGAUUGGUCGGGAAGAUGUUGAUAAAGAACUACGGAAGAACAUGAACCAGGACAAGACUUUGGAAAUGAAUAAGAAUGUUGAAGAAUACGGUAAAAUAUUAAAGCAGGCCCACUCCUCCCUAAUUGUGACUGAUGAUGAGAUUAACAUCGGAGACAGAAAUCGAGACAAACGUAGUGAAUUCCUUGAAAUUAACUGGGACGAGUUGGAACUGAUUGUUGAAAUGGAAAAACUUCCACCUUAUCCAAGAAAACUCACUGAAGGAUUCAGGACAGUUCUUUGGGGGGUGUUUUUUGGGUUUGUUGGUUCCACUUUCCUGGGUGCCAUCAGUCUAUAUUUUAUCAUGAAAAUAACAGAGAAAGACUAUAUGGAGAUAGUACGUCGGUCAAAUGUGCUGCACCGCAUCAAACGCAGAAGAAAACCAGUACGACGCAUAGUCUAUUCUUCAGACGAUGAAAACACUCAUGAGGACAAAUCACCUAAACACUUCAGACAGUGCUUUCUUCCCUUUCGUACAACCAAUUAUGCACCAGAAAAGUUAAAACCAAAUAGGUCGACAAACUAAAAUAAUUUCAUACACCAUGUAAUGCUAAAGGAAAUCUGGAAAUUGUAAACUUUUGUCUUGUCUGAUCACUUCAUUUCACCAUACUGAAGAAAGUUUUCCCUUCCACAGAGAA